AAAAUGGAAAUGAAGACAAAUACAACAAAGUUGUCACUGUGGUUGUUGAUGUUCUUCUCUAACACUGCGACAUUCAGCUGUGCGAAAUCAAUGAGAGACAGAGCUAUUGAGCUGAUGCAAGAUACACGUUUAAUUGAUGGUCACAAUGACUUCGUGCUGCGGCUGAGAAUGUUUUACCAAAAUAGACUCAGUAGAGUCAAUUUGAGAGAAAUCAACAGGACCCACACAAACCUUGCAAAACUCCAGGCUGGUUAUGUGGGAGCUCAGUUUUGGUCCGUGUAUGUUCUUUGCAGCGCUCAGAACAAGGAUGCUGUGCGUCUGACCUUAGAGCAAAUUGAUGUUGUCAAGAGGAUGUGUAACAACUAUGAAGAGCUUGAACUGGUGACAACUUCCAAAGGUAUCUCUGAUAGUAGAAGGAUUGCGUGUUUGAUUGGAAUAGAAGGUGGUCACUCCAUUGACAGCAGUUUGGCAACACUGAGGAUGUACUACGACUUGGGUGUUCGUUACAUGACUUUAACACAUUCCUGCAAUACACCUUGGUCUGAAUCAUCAUCUAAAGGAAUACAUAACUUUUAUCCUGGUGUUAUUGGUUUGACUGCAUUUGGCCAAGAAGUGGUAAAGGAGAUGAAUCGCCUGGGUAUGAUGAUAGAUUUAUCUCAUACAUCAUAUUCCACAGCAAGAGCUGCACUGAAUAUCUCAAAAGCCCCAGUAAUUUUCAGCCAUUCCUCAGCUUUUUCUAUGUGUAAUCACUCAAGAAAUGUUCCUGAUGAUAUCCUCCAGGAACUGAAAAAGAACAAGGGAAUUAUUAUGGUGACUUUCAAUGCAGAUGUACUGGCCUGUGGCAGAAAAGUUGUUAAUAUUUCUACCCUUGCAGAUCAUUUUGACCACAUAAAGAAAAUUGCGGGUUCAGAAUCAAUAGGAAUUGGUGGCGACUAUGAUGGAGUGGAACGUUUCCCUGAAGGACUGGAAGAUGUUUCUAAAUACCCUUCUUUGAUUGAGGAACUUUUAAGAAGAGGAUGGAAUGAAGCUGAAUUGAAAGGAGUCUUAAAGGAGAACUUUCUCCGUGUCUUUAGGGAAGUGGAAAAGGUGCGGAACAAUAGUGGACUAAUGGAUGUAGGGGAAAGUGAAAUUCCACAAGAAGUAGUACAAAAUUCCUGUCGCCUAGACCUACGUAAUUAUCAGCCAGUCGAGUCCUUUGGAUUUCCUUCUGUGACACCACAUUUUUGUCUGACUCUUGUAACAUAUUUAAUACUGUGUUUAACAUCAUAACAUCUCUGGAGUCCAGAGAGAUUAUAUGGAGUAAUCUAAAAUGCAACCAGUUGUCUUUUGGGGGAGUUGUUAACGUAAUGCUAUGCUAAAUUUUUAUCUAUGAUUUCUAUAAAUUCAUCUGCACAUUUAAAAGUUAAUUUAGAUUUUAAAUGUUGUAGCAAAACCACUGAGAAUUUGAAGUGAUAAAUUCUGUGUCACCUUGGCUAAACCAGGACCAACAUUGUUAGUGGAAAGUACUCACAACUAAUGAAUAAUUUCUAUAAUGCAUGACACAUGGUUUUGGUACCAAUGUUGUGGCUGUUAAUAUAAAUACUGGAGUCCAGAAUCAGCAGUUCCACACAGGAGCUACAGAAUACAAUUAGGACACCUGUGCUGAGUUGCUUUCAGAUAUUACUUCUUGUUAAGUCAUACAACUUGCAUCAUCCGUAGAUGGCUUAGUUAGGGAAAACCAGCUCCCCCAAUAUUAUACAGAAAAGUGUUUUUUUGGUUUUUUUUUUUGGUGUAUGUGUGGUUUUAUUUUUAAGCUGACAAGAUGCAUGACACGGCAAUUUCAGUUCGGAUUUCCUGCCUACCAGUAGCUUUAGAGACCCACCCUGCAGUACUAAACUCUUAUUUUAGAACCCUGACCAGGGCAGUGGGCAACUGGAGAGUUACUGAAAGGUGGCAGUAGGUGACUUGCACUUAGGUACAGCUGACCAGGCAAUGUUGUAGAUAGCUUUCUAUAAUUUGGAGACUGCUGUUUACUGCAUGCUCAUGAAGCUGAGAGCAAAGGGAAGCUGGGACAAAGCAGGAAUUCUGGCUACUCAGAGGGUGAGAUUUUGUUCUGGUAUUUUUAUUGCAGUCUGAAAAGUAUAAAAUGAUGAUUUAAAUAAAAGUUUUAUUAGAAUGUU